AUGGGAGGCUCCGUGUCCAAGCUGAUGGGGAAGAUCUUUGGAUCUAAGGAAAUGCGCAUUCUGAUGCUGGGUCUCGAUGCUGCUGGAAAGACGACUAUUCUGUACAAGUUGAAGCUCAACCAGGAUGUCACCACUAUCCCUACCGUCGGCUUCAACGUCGAGAGCGUGACCUACAAGAACGUUAAAUUCAAUGUCUGGGACGUCGGUGGCCAGGACAAGAUUCGUCCUCUGUGGAGACACUACUACUCUGGCACCCAGGGACUCAUCUUUGUUGUUGACUCCAACGACCGAAGUCGGAUUAAGGAGGCUCAGUCCGAACUACACAAAAUUAUUAGCGACCGUGAGAUGAAGGAUGCUCUGCUGUUGGUGUUUGCCAACAAGCAGGAUAUUCCGGGCUGCAUGCAACCCGAGGAAAUCACCAGUGAGCUCAAGCUGAACUCGCUCUCGGACCGCCCAUGGAACGUGUUGCCCAGUGUCGCCACCGACGGAAGGGGUAUUUUCGAAGGAUUGGUAAGUUAUUUCAACAUGAAUGCAGAGGUCAAAAUGGCUCAAAAGUCGACGAUCUCUACCCCAAUCCUUGGUCCGUCUCAUCGACUUAUCUUAUUUGACUUUGUCAAUAUUGGCAAUACCAAAAACCUUCCCAGUACAAGACCAAGUCUUUAUUAUUAUUUAAAUCUUAAUUCGAUUAUGCCUCAGUAUAGGGUCAACGAUCAAGUUCGUUACAAGCCUGUUGGCGGCCGCGAGAGCAACACAUCCGAAACCGUUGGUGUCGUUCGACAGGUAAUUACCGAACCAGGCAGUCUCACCGGCCGCCAAGUGCAAGCCUCCAACGACGAUCCACGCUAUGAGGUCGAAAACAGCAAUACCGGCAAACGGACCGCGAUCAAGGAAUCCAACAUCCUUUCCCCUGCCUAA